AUGACUCUGCCAGAAAAAAGAAGAAGAGGUGAGCAAUCUGACGAAGGCAAUCAAGCUAAGAAACCAUUGCAUAGCUUCGAGAGUACGAGUCAACUUGGGCAGGCUAGCAGCAUGUCAAGCAAAGAAGUGCAAUUGCCUGACCUAGUUCCUUAUGAUGUGGUCGAGGACUUGACACUCGUGCUACCAAGUCAGCCACUCGAUGUUAGUGCUGGCUUCUCCAAGCAGAGGUAUGCGCGUGACUUGUGGACAAUCUUCUCGGAAGAGGCAUUCGUUGACCGAAGACUUGCCGACAUGCACAAGGCAUGGUUCGAGGUCCGAAAGCCUGAUGCCCGAGAACUGUGGGAAUCUAGAUAUCCGUCUGGUGAAGCCGCAGGGCCAAGCAACAAGGCUUCCAACAGACACGGAGUGCUGAGAACUGUCCGAACGCUUGAGCUAGUCAUCGAUCGAGUUUCUGCACGGCAAAUGCCUGCGCUACACAAGAGCUUGUCAAGGCUACAUCUUGACUACAUUAUGCUCAUGUGCGUCGUGUGUGAACGAUCGAAGUAUCUAGACAAGGCACGUCAGUAUUUCCCGAGGUACGAAGAACAAUUUGACGAGCUUGUGCAGCUGUUGCGGAGCUCUACACCUGAACUUCAAGGGAACUCUUCGGUUUCCUCUUCUAAUGCCCCGAGCCUCUCAUGGAUACCCGCCGAGACGAAAUCGAUGAUCGAAGGGCUCAUUGUGGAUCCAAAAACUGUCAAGACCUUGGACAAGAUAGCUGGUUGCGAGGCUGCAAAGGCUGCCAUAGAAGCUGCUGCCUAUAUUCCGUCCCAGUGGCCGCAUCUUCUGAACGAGGGUUAUGGCUGUAAGAACAUGCUGUUCCAUGGGUCACCGGGUACCGGCAAGUCAACUUUGGCUUUGGCUCUUGCGGCGGAGAGCAAACUCCCUGUCUACAAUGUAAGCAGCAGCCAUCUCGUUGACAAGUGGGUAGGCAGCUCGGAGAAAAAUGCAAGAGCUUUGUUCGAGACUGCGGCUUCAAAUGCUCCUUCGGUAAUCGUCUUUGACGAGGCCGACGCGAUCUGCAGGGCUCGGAGGUCGGGUAGCAACGACGGAGCUCAACGCAUGAUCAACGAGCUGCUAGCUUGCAUGACAAAGUAUCCUAAGGUUGUGGUGAUAGGGAUAACGAAUCUGCCAUGGACGCUUGACGUUGGCUUCGUUCGCCGCUUUCCAAAGCACGUCCAUGUGGGGCUGCCUUUGGAGAAGGAGCGACGCGAGAUAUUCUGGAUCGUACUUGGCAGAUUCCCACACAGUCUUUCGCGAGAGCAUGUUAUUGGAGCCGCCACUCAAGCGGAUGGUUUCACUGGCGAUGCAAUUCAGCGAUGUAUUGAAUCGGCAGCGGAGACCAUGGCAAUGAAGCUUCGUGGCGUUACGCACUUUCAAAUCACCGAGUUUCGUGGUCAGGAGUGUUACUCUCCUUGCGAUGACGGUGGAAUCCCCGUUGAAAAUAUUCCGGGGCGACACUUGGUCAUUCCUGGACCUUUGAGCCCGCAAGAUCUGUUCUCUGCCAUCCAAAAGAUGAAAAGUGAGCUAGAUCUUAUGGGUAUAGAGGAAGAAAAGCAUGUCAGAUGGGGCAGGAAUAAAUUCCUAGACGCCAAUUGA